UCGUCAUUACUCAGAAACGACGAAACCUUGCAACAAGAAAACCACUUUGAUUAUAUAUAAAAUACGUGUCAAAAAUGUGCCUGCAAAUAUAGGAAAUGAAUGAUCUGUUACUGAUAUAGAGUAUUCCAAUUUCCAAAGCAGAUUCUCCGCACGAACUUUUCUUCCACAAUUUGCCGGCGUAUCUGUCCCGCGGGAACAAUCUAAUCAAUCGGGAAAUUGAAUUUCAAAGGUCAACUGCGACGAAUUAAUUAUGAAAUUUGGGAAAGAAUUCAGGAUUCAUUUGGAGGAAACCCUACCGGAGUGGAGGGACAAGUAUUUGCAGUACAAGCCCUUGAAGAAGCUUCUCAAGAGUAUCCCGCCAGCUGAUAAUCCGCCUCCGGACGGCCCCUCGCCGGAGCUUCACGAGUGGUUCGUCGGAAUUCUCAACGAGGAACUCGAAAAGUUCAACGAUUUCUACGUCGAUAAGGAGGAAGACUUCAUCAUCCGCUUCCAGGCAUUGAAGGAAAGAAUAGAAAGAUUGAAGUCGAGAGGAAGUACAAAUUCCGUGUUUACAUCUGAGACUGAGUUUAGUGAAGAGAUGAUGGAGAUAAGGAAGGAUUUUGUCUCCAUCCAUGGGGAGAUGGUCCUUCUAAAAAACUACAGCUCUCUUAACUUUGCAGGUCUUAUCAAGAUUUUGAAGAAAUACGAUAAACGAACUGGGGAAUUGUUGAGUCUGCCUUUUACUCAGCUUGCUGUCCACCAGCCUUUCUUUAUGACUGAACCAGUCACGAGAUUAGUUCGUGAGUGUGAGGAAAAUCUGGAGCUCCUCUUCCCACAAGAAGCAGAGGUUGUUGAGUCAACCUCCAUUGAACGUAAGCAGAAUGCUGAUAUACCAAAUGCUUCUUCAGGAUUAAAAUUGGCACCUGGUGAAGAAACUGUAGAUAUAUAUAGGAGCACACUUGCUGCCAUUAAAGCUAUAAAAUGCCUUAAGAAGGCAAGCUCCACCUAUAAUCCUCUGUCACUAUCAUAUAUCUUUGGAAACCAAGAUAACGAUGUCACAGGUGCAGUAACAGCAGAGAACUCUCCUCGUGAUUCUCUUGUAUCCCUGCCUAAAGAAGAGGACGCAACUGAAGAUGUUUGUUCACCCGUGUAAAAACCGUUCUACGUCACUGUUGUUCUUUUGUCUUCCAAGAGUGUGCUGCAGUGUGAUGUUUGAGAGAUUGUGUGCUGUGUGAUCUUUUCUCUUGAGAAUAUUACAAUGCACUUUUAUACUUGCUGAAUAAGCUGCCAACUGAUGACAGAAUUUGCAUUGCAUUUUUUAUGUAAGGAGGUGUUUGGCUA